CUGUCCUAAAUCACGCAGAAUUUUCAAAUUCCGAAAAAAAAAUAAAAAAAAAUAGAGGAAGCAACUGCAACCAGGACAUAGCCUCCCUUUCCCUUAUGCCUUACUUCUCUACAGCUGUUUCCCUGAAAGCACUGGUUAAUCUUAUUUAAAGUAGGCGGUCAGAGCCGUGUGAUGUCUACUGUUUGUAUCUCUGCCUUCCGAAAUACACUGGGGCAAUUGCGAACUACGCUUGCUUUGCUUGCGCAAGCAGAACAAAGGACCCCACGCGUUGCCCCUUCUUCUUUUUCCCCUUCUGUUAGAUCUAAAUCUGGAGUCCAUGGUUUUGUCUCUGAGGUUUAACAGUUGAAAACCCCCCAGGGAAUUUUUCUGGGUCUUUUGUUUUUGGUUUUUUAUAUUUGAGCGCAGCACGGAUAGAAGAAAAAGAGAGAUGGGGUUGGUGGGUUUGCAAGAAAAUGGGAAUGGGGAGUUGGGCUUGUCUGGUGUGUCUCUGGGAAGUAAGAACAAGUACAGGAGGAUGGAUUCAGAGGUCACAGAGGAUGGUGGAGAUGAUGAUUCGCGUCAUCAUCAUCAGCAACAAAAUGGGAGCAGCAGUACCAUGAAAUUUGUUUUUGCCUCUGCCGUUUUUGCAUCUCUCAAUUCAGUUCUUCUUGGCUAUGAUGUGGGUGUCAUGAGUGGAGCAAUCAUAUUCAUUCAGGAAGAUUUAAACAUAACAGAGGUUCAAGAAGAAGUUCUUGUUGGGUCUUUGAGCAUUAUUUCACUUCUGGGCAGCCUAGCUGGUGGAAGAACAUCAGAUGCUAUUGGUAGAAAAUGGACAAUGGCCUUAGCAGCAAUUGUCUUUCAAACUGGUGCAGGUAUAAUGACUCUUGCUCCUUCUUUCCAAAUACUGAUGAUUGGAAGACUAUUGGCUGGGAUUGGAAUUGGCUUUGGAGUCAUGAUUGCUCCUGUCUACAUUGCUGAGAUAUCACCUACUGUUUCCAGAGGCUCUUUUACGUCCUUCCCAGAAAUUUUCAUAAAUCUGGGAAUCCUUCUUGGUUAUGUUUCAAACUAUGCAUUUUCUGGUCUUCCGGUGCACAUAAGCUGGAGGAUCAUGCUUGGAGUGGGAAUUUUGCCAUCAGUGUUCAUUGGGUUUGCACUGUUCAUCAUCCCCGAGUCGCCAAGGUGGCUGGUCACGCAGAACCGAAUUGAAGAAGCAAGAUCUGUAUUGUUAAAGACUAAUGAGAAUGCCACAGAGGUGGAGGCUAGACUUGCAGAAAUACAAUUAGCUGCUGGAAGUACUAAUGCUGAGAAGUAUGAAGACAAGGCUGUGUGGCGUGAAUUGUUGGAGCCUUCGCCUUCACUUCGCCGAAUGUUGAUCACUGGUUUUGGAAUUCAGUGUUUCCAGCAGAUUACUGGAAUUGAUGCCACUGUAUAUUACAGCCCAGAGAUCUUCCAAGCAGCUGGUAUUGAAGGUAAAACAAAGCUUCUUGCUGCAACUGUUGCCGUUGGGAUUGCAAAGACAGUUUUUAUAUUAAUUGCCAUUUUUCUAAUUGACAAACUGGGGCGAAAGCCACUGCUGUAUGUUAGCACAAUUGGGAUGACCAUUUGCUUGUUCUCGUUGGGCCUCUCUUUAUCUUUUCUUGGGGGAGGACAGUUCGGGAUUGCAAUGGCAAUUUUGUCAGUUUGCGGGAAUGUGGCCUUCUUUUCUGUCGGACUUGGCCCGGUUUGCUGGGUUUUGACAACAGAAAUCUUCCCUCUGAGAUUCCGUGCUCAAGCAUCAGCGCUUGGCGCAGUUGGGAAUAGGGUGUCCAGUGGCCUUGUUGCAAUGUCCUUCCUCUCCAUUUCCCGUGCAAUUACAGUGGCCGGAACAUUCUUCAUCUUUUCUGCUAUUGCAGCUCUUUCUGUGGCAUUUGUUCACCUGUUUGUACCAGAAACGAAAGGAAAAUCUUUAGAAGAAAUUGAGAUGCUGUUUCAGAACGAACAUGAAUGUCAACAAGGUGAGGUUGAGCUAGGAGAUGUGGAGCAUCUGGUGCAGAAAGAAUGACCGGUUGGGAAGGUUUUCAGAACAGCCUGAAAUCUUCUGCAAGUUUUUGAAACUCCACUGGUCGUAAUGAUUCUGAAAAUCUAUUCUAAUGAGUUUAUUGCUGGCUAGGAUUUUAAUGGUGAAUCCCUGCUGGUACAUUUCAGCAUCUACAGCCCCAAGAAUUCAUUUGCUAUGAUUUGGCAGGCCGGUUUGGCAACCCAAAUUACAUUCUUGCUCUGAGCCACAAACCAUACCUGAAUUUAUUUGUGAGUAUAUGAUAUCUGUCAUAAGGGAGCUUGUCCUCCUUGAAACAUGUAUUACUAAAACUAAUAUAUAUUAGAUUUAUAACUAGCUAGCGCUAGAAACA